AUGACUGGUCGUGGAAAAGGUGGCAAGGGCCUCGGCAAGGGCGGUGCCAAGCGUCAUCGCAAGAUUCUGCGCGACAACAUCCAGGGUAUCACGAAGCCUGCCAUCCGCCGUCUGGCGCGUCGUGGUGGUGUCAAGCGUAUCUCUGCUAUGAUCUACGAGGAAACCCGUGGUGUUCUCAAGACCUUCCUUGAAUCCGUCAUCCGUGAUGCUGUCACUUACACCGAACACGCCAAGCGCAAGACCGUUACCUCGCUGGAUGUUGUCUAUGCCUUGAAACGCCAGGGACGUACUUUGUACGGUUUCGGUGGUUAA